AUGUUGGCCACGCCCGAAAACCUGUGGCAGGUCCGACAGGGCGAGUUGCGGGAGGCGAUGGACGUUACUGGCAUAAAGGACGUCCGGUUCUUGAAUUAUCGCGACUCCGGCAUGGUGGGAUGGGAGGACAACAACCAUCCGUCCAGCCUAUUCCAAGCUCCCGAGGGCAGACGCAUGUGGAACAAGAUGGUGGAGUUGGACUUACGCCCGCCGUUUUCCGCCGACGAUACGGAAGCGCUGGGCACGCCCGACGACGAGGUGACCACCGUGCUGAACGUUGGGCAGUAUGUUGCCGUCAAGAAGGAAUCGCUGGAACGCCACCGCACCCAGAUCGAGAAAGACGACCCAGUCAGCCUCGAAGUUUUCAAGAGCAUGUUCGAGUCGGUGGCCGAGGAGAUGGGCGUUGCCCUGCAACGCACCGCCUACUCGCCGAACAUCAAAGAGCGCCGCGACUUCUCCUGCGCCGUCUUCGAUCCCGAGGGCAACAUGGUGGCCCAGGCGGCCCACGUUCCUGUGCACCUCGGAGCAUGCCGGCCUCUGAGGGCACCAUCAUUCCCGCCGAUCAAGCUGGCGAGGGGUGGGCGGCUGAACCACGACGUCAUCCAGCUCAUCUGCCGGAACUCGCGCACCCCGGACGAGCGCAAGGGAGACCUGGCAGCCCAGACCGCCUCCAUUCGCGUCGGCGAGCAGCGAAUGCGUGAGCUGUUCGAGCGAUACGGUACGGAGGAGACAUCCGAACACAUGGCAGCCCUGCUGGACUAUUCCGAGCGGGUCACUCGCCAGACCAUACGGGACAUUCCCGACGGCACGUACAGCGUCCUCGACUACAUGGACGACGACGGCCUGACGCAGGAACCGGUUCCCAUAAAGGUCACAAUCACAGUUUCUGGCGACGAGAUGGACAUCGACUUCACAGGGACGUCGCCCCAGCGGCCCGGUUGCAUCAACGCGCCGGUGGCUGUUACGGUGUCGGCCUGCCUGUACGUCGUGCGUUGCUUGCUACAGGCACAGGCCCCCGCCAACCAGGGCUGCCUGCGCCCACUGCACAUCAACGCGCCCGAGGGGUCGCUGGUCAACCCCCAGCCCCAGCGGGGAGUAGCCGCAGGCAACGUUGAGACCUCGCAGCGCAUCACCGACGUCCUGUUCGGCGCCUUGGCCCAAGCCUUGCCCCAGGUGAUACCGGCAGCCAGCCAGGGCACCAUGAACAAUAUGAUCAUCGGGGGCCACGAUCCGGUCCGCGACAAGCCCUACGUGUACUAUGAGACCAUUGCCGGCGGUAUGGGUGCCAGGCCAGACAAGGACGGCAUAUCCGGCAUUCAGACCCACAUGACCAACACCAUGAAUACACCUAUUGAGGCGAUGGAGUUCGCGUUCCCGCUCCGUCUGCGCCGGUACGCUAUAAGGCGCGGCUCUGGUGGAGAUGGCCUGUACAAGGGCGGAGACGGUGUGGUGCGCGAGGUGGAGUUUCUGGCACCGGCAAGAGUCACUCUGAUGUCGGAGCGCCGACGGCGUCCGCCGCCCGGAUAUCACGGCGGCCACCACGGCGAAACGGGCGAGAAUAUUCUACUGCGCGGUGGAGUAGAGGAAGUCCAGCUGGCGGGCAAGGAAGUCAUCGACGUCUUGGAAGGCGACGUGAUCAGCGUACGCACUCCCGGCGCCGGAGGAUGGGGCGCGCCGCAGCACCACCACGGCGACCAGCACUGA